AUGUCCAACCAAACCACAGUGACCGAGUUCCUUCUCCUGGGAUUCUCUGAUGUCCGAGAGCUGCAGAUUUUACAUGUUGUGGUGUUUCUGGUGAUUUACCUGGCAACCUUAAUUGGGAAACUUCUCAUCAUCACAGCUGUAGCUCUUGACCCCCAUCUUCACACUCUCAUGUAUUUUUUCCUGAUUAAUAUGUCUAUCCUAGACCUUGGAUCCAUCUCUGCCAUUGUCCCCAAAUCCAUGGCCAACUCCUUAUUGAACACUAGGUCAAUUUCCUAUGCUGGAUGCAUUGCCCAAGUCUUUCUCUUUGUCUUCUUUGCAGCAGCCAAUAUCACUUUACUCAUUGUCAUGGCGUACGACCGAUACAUUGCCAUCUGCCAACCACUGGACUAUGACAGAGUGAUGAACAGGGAUGCUUGUGUCCAAAUGGCAGCCAGUGCCUGGAUUACUGGUAUUAUCUACUCUGCCUUGCACACUGGGAACAUCUUCAGGUUACCAUUCUACCAGUUGAAUGUCAUCAACCAGUUCUUCUGUGAAAUCCCCCAGCUACUCAAACUCACUUGCUCUGAUUCACACCUCAGUGAAGUUGGCAUUCUUGGCUUUAGUGCAUGCUUGAUAUUAAGCUGCUUUGCUUUAAUAAUUGUGUCAUAUGUUCACAUCUUCAUGACAGUGCUGAGAAUCCCCUCUGAGCAGGGCUGA